AUGCGCGUGUUUGUCAAGCGUUUUGAAAUUGAUCGACGAGAGGCUCAUGUAGAUGCGGAUGCAACGGUGGCAGACUUGGGCAAUGAAGUGAGAAAAUUGUGGCAAGUUCCUCCCACGCAUCAAGUACAUGUGAUCAACGGAGAUAUGGUGAUGAAUCCGUCAGAUAAACUGUCGUUCUACGGCAUCAGAGAUGGAUCAAUAUUAAAUGUUGAUUUCACAUCAUUCAAUUGA